GUUGUUAUUUUUAUUUUUUUUUUGAGAGAGAAAACGUGUUGUUCCUUAUGGCUACUACUUUUUAUUUCCUGGUUUCCCCUUUCUUCGUCUUCUUUGUUUUCCCCAAUCUUUCUUUCUCAUGCCCUGCGGCUCCUGUUUUUCCAUCAUGCGGCAAUGGUUCUAUUGAAGUAAGGUUUCCUUUCUACACAAACACCACCAAUCCUGAAUGCAGAGGGCAUCAUAUGGUCUUCUGUAAUGGCUCCACACCUCUCAUCCAAUUCCAUGGGCAUGAGCACUGGUACGUCUUAGAAACAAUUGACUACGCUUAUAGUUUCACCAAAAUUCAAGACCAAGGGUUCGGCAAUGGCUUGCGGAUACCAGACUGCAAUUUACGUUAUGUAUUUGAUCCUCCAAUUCCUCUAUCCGAGAAUUUGUUCCUUCCUCAGUCUGUCAGCCAGAACCAAUCAUUCUUCAAUUGCGAGCUGAGUGGUUAUAAUUCUUCUGCCGACAUCUUCCACGAAAUCUAUAGUCGUAGUCUUUGCAAAGAUUACCAGAUUGACUUUUCCAAUAAAUUAGAGGAUGAAGGACCUGAUCAGAUGGAUUGUUGGGACAGUCCUAGCCCAUCGUUUGAAUGGAAGCUAUCAUUCGGCGAAGAUGCUGAUAACCUUUCUCUCAUGCACGCCGUUUACUCGCAUCAACGUUUUCCAUGGAACGAGGGUUGGAGAUGCUUCAAACCUGACAGUAGAAGAGAUUCCACAUGCCUAUGCAACAACAGAUGUGAAAAAAAGAGCAAUCUAAAGAGGAAGCUUCUAAUAGGUUUAACAGCAGGGGUUGGAGGCUGCUUCUUGCUAUCCCUCAUGUUCCUUCCCUAUCUUCACCAGUGUAAAAUUCUGAUUUGGAAAAAGUCUAACAAUGCACGAGAUAUCGAAGUCUUUUUAGAGAACUGUGGCUCCCUUGCUCCAAAAAGAUACAGAUACAUGGAUAUGAAGAAAAUAACCAAAAAUUUUCAUGACAAACUAGGCCAAGGUGGUUAUGGCAGUGUAUUCAAAGGUAGUCUCGAUGAUGGUCUUUUGGUGGCUGUCAAGAUCCUAGGUGAUUCUAAAGGCGACGGGGAGGAAUUUGUCAAUGAGGUUGCGAGCAUCGGUAGGACAUCUCAUGUGAACAUUGUCAGUCUUCUAGGCUUUUGCUUAGAGGGGUCCAAAAGAGCUUUGAUUUAUGAGUUCAUGCCCAAUGGAUCACUGGAGAAGUACAUUUAUUCCGAGAAACCAACAUCUCUUGGGUUGGAAAAACUGUACCAGAUUGCAGUUGGCAUCGCCCGAGGUUUAGAGUACCUUCAUCGUGGUUGCAACACAAGUAUAGUACAUUUUGAUAUUAAACCUCAUAACAUUCUAUUAGACAAGGAAUUUUGUCCCAAGAUAUCUGAUUUUGGGUUGGCCAAGUUAUGCCCGACAAAAGACAGUGCACUUUCUAUGUCAGUUGCUAGAGGAACAAUUGGUUAUAUUGCCCCAGAAGUGUUCUCCAGAAAUUUUGGAGUUGUCUCUAGUAAAUCAGAUGUGUAUAGCUAUGGAAUUAUGGUAUUAGAACUGGUGGGAGGAAGAAAGAACAGAGAUGCUGGAGUUGAGAAUACAAGUGAAAUUUAUUUUCCACACUGGAUUUAUGAGCAUCUGGACCAAGAUGGAGUUUUACAAGCUUUUGGAGUGACAUGUGAAAUGGAAGAAAUUGCAAGGAAAAUGAUCUUAGUUGGUUUAUGGUGCAUACAAACAAUGCCAGGAAAUCGUCCCUCAAUGAGCAAGGUGUUAGAUAUGUUGCAGGGAAGUGUCAGUGAUUUGCAAAUUCCUCCAAAGCCAUAUACAUCUUCUCCAGAAUCAUUUGUCGCUUCUCCAUUAAAAUCAACUCCUUAAGAUGGUAAAAUGCUGGGAUCAUGAAUUGUUGGCUCAUGUAGUAUACAAGAAUCAAUUCAACUUAUUAAAACAAGGAUAUGUAAGUUUUACUGAAGUGAUUGCUUAUUUUUCAGUAAAGGUCUGGUCAUGUUCAGAUGUGCUCCUCCAUCCAAGUAGUCAGGCACUGCAUUCCCUCACUCCCUGACUAACAACAUUAGCAUUGUUCAAAUGACUAAUUCCUAGGGUAGGAAAGCCAUAGGCCCAGCUAUCAGCCAUAACUGCAUUAAAAAGACCUCCAAGGAAGUCCUCUGUCUAUGCAAUCUCAACAUUUGUAGAACAAGCAUACCAAGCCCUGGCAUUUUGGACGUGCAAUGCAUGUAUUUGUUUAACAAAUAUUUUAUUUAAGAAUAAUAUAGAUUAAUUUAUGGUUUUUA